AUGGAAAGCCUGUCCAUGUGUCUCUGUCAUGGUGUACGAAUGCGCUGGGUAUCUGCAACGAUGUCCAGAGCGAUGUGGAUGGAGAUGGUGGUCAGAGUGGAAGGUCGAAAUGUCGGAUUGCUCAGCACGCUUAUGUCCGCACACGGCGAUGGAAGAACUCGACGCUCGAGCCUGGUUCACGACACUCUGACUAGCUACGUCGGUCCGCAGUUUGACAGCGCAGAUGCGAAGAGAUCUGCAUGA